GAUUCGGCUAUGAUGUAAAAGAUUUAACUUCCUCCCCAACAACCAUAAAGGAUUCCAAAGAAAAAAGAGAAGAGAAGCAACCAACGUAUUGGCAACAGCGUCGUAAAGCUUUUCAGGACAUGAUUGAUAACCUUUACAUAAAUUACAUGGAAAAAUUGAUCAAUAUACAACAAGAACAAGCAAAGUAUUGUCCAUCCUUUGAUGAUUAUUACAUUUAUCCUCAAUCACCUUAUCGCUAUGAGGAGUACGAAGAGGAAGAACAUGAGUUAAUGGAAGACAUUGGUGAAAAUAGUGAACUUGGUGGUGAUGGUAACAAUAGUCAUCUUUUUGCUCCUCCUAUAAAAAUUACUGAAGACACUUCCAAUACGUCCUUUUAA